GCUGCCUUCUUUCCUCCAAGCUUCGUCGCACCCUCUUCUUAAUUUUUCUCUUCCCCAUUUUUUUUCUUUCUUCUUUUUCUUUUUUUCUCUUUUCCGGAUGCCGUCGGUUUCCAUGUCCCGCUGAGAAGAAAGAGAGGGAAAGCAUCCCAUACCUGUGCAGAUCUCGUGGAAAAUUUUUAGAUCUAGCAGGUGCGAUUGGAGAGUCCCGGAGGUCCGGCUUGUAAAUAAUCACUAAUCAGGACCUGUACAUACUCGAGGGAAAAUUCCCGAUUUUCAUACUUACUCUGUCAUUUGUUUGUAUUUAAUGCGCCGCUUGAACGGGUUUGAAGACAUGGCUGAUCUCGGAAGGUUGAGGACCCCUCUCUCGGUUCAGGAGCGCACCAGGGCUCCCCUGUUCUGCCCCAAGCCGAGACGUCUCGCUGUUAUUAACCAUGCUGCCGGUGGUGAUGCCGUGCGCCCUUUUCGUCGUCACCUAAGCAGCCACCCGACGGACCCGAUAGACUCGAAAGCCGGUUCGGAACUUCUGGACAUCAUUUUCGCAAAGGGCGUACACGGGGGCGACCAGUCGGGGUGUGGUUCGCCGCCCUACUUUUGCGGGUCUCCGCCAAGCCGGGCGGCGAACCCUCUGGUCCAUGACGCCAGGUUUGCCGAGGGGCGUGGCGACCUCUCCCUGGUGCCCGUGCCGAUUGUUGCCGGUUUUCCAGUGUCGUCGGCAGCAUCCCCUCCCUCCUCCACUUCCCCUUCCUCUUCCUCCGCCUCUUCGUCCUCGGCGCGCAAAGGUUGCGCCAGGGCCAGCUUCGGCCCCAAGCCGGCUGCCGUCAGAAUCGAAGGUUUCGACUGCCUGGAUCGCGAUCGCCGGAGGUGCAGCAUCCCGGCCAUGGCCUGAUGAUCGCUUCAUCAACUAACCACAUCGUCAUUCUGGCCCUGGAAGGUCAGCGAGAAUCCAUCACAAAUUUAGCCGAUCAAAAUCAGUGAAGAAAACGAAAGAAAAAAUUUCCGAAAGAAAAAAAGGUGUUUUGAAGGAGAGUCUGUUUUUGGUACUGCCCAUGUAUAUUCCUCAACCGACCAUCAUCAACCUGUAUAUGUAAAAUAGUAGGUGAGAUUUUUCAAUAAGCGAGGAAAGGGAUACUUCUUUCGGAGAAGUGGCUCUGUUCCUUCCGAAAACUAGCAAUUUAGGUUAGCUUUUGAGGAUGAGAUUAGAGAUUAGGUCCGUUUUUUGGGAAUUUAGGUGGACAAAUGAUUUGUGCGGGGUCUCUUUUUCCUUUUUCUUCUUCUUUGUUCGGUCUCUGCCCGCGGCUCAAUCUGUAAAUUUUUUUGACUAUGUCUAGGGUUUGAGUCUUUAUAUUUUUUGUAUUUGGAUUUCCGAUUCAUGUAAAUAUUGAAUCUUCUUUUUGCCAUUAAAUGAAUUGGCCCACCUUUCUGUGGUUAUAUCA